GGGGGCGAGGCAGGGCUGCGCGGCGCGGUGCGGGAAGCGGCGGGGCGGUGGCAGCGCUUAGGUCGGUCAGAGGCCUCCUCCGCGCCGUGCUCCCGCGGCUGGCGCCGUGGGCAUGCGGGUGCGGCCUGCGCGCGCGUGAGCGAGGAUGGGGACGCAGGGCAGCCCGGUCAAGAGCUAUGACUACCUGCUCAAGUUCCUGCUGGUGGGCGACAGCGAUGUGGGCAAGGGCGAGAUCCUGGAGAGCCUACAGGACGGCGCGGCCGAAUCCCCAUACGCCUACAGCAACGGGAUCGACUACAAGACGACUACCAUCCUGCUGGACGGCCGACGGGUCAAGCUGGAGCUCUGGGACACGUCGGGACAGGGCAGGUUCUGCACCAUCUUCAGGUCCUACUCCAGGGGUGCACAGGGGAUCCUCCUGGUGUAUGACAUCACCAACCGCUGGUCCUUUGAUGGCAUUGACCGGUGGAUCAAGGAGAUUGAUGAGCAUGCACCUGGGGUCCCCCGGAUCCUGGUUGGGAACCGACUGCACCUGGCCUUCAAGCGGCAAGUUCCAACAGAGCAGGCACGUGCCUACGCAGAGAAGAACUGCAUGACCUUCUUCGAGGUCAGCCCGUUGUGCAACUUCAAUGUCACUGAGUCCUUCACUGAGCUGUCCCGUAUCGUGCUCAUGCGACAUGGCAUGGAGAAGAUCUGGAGGCCCAACCGAGUGUUCAGCCUGCAGGACCUCUGUUGCCGCGCCAUCGUCUCCUGCACUCCUGUGCACCUCAUUGACAAGCUCCCGCUGCCUGUCACCAUCAAGAGCCACCUCAAGUCCUUCUCGAUGGCCAAUGGCAUGAACGCCGUCAUGAUGCACGGGCGCUCCUACUCGCUGGCCAGUGGGGCGGGGGGUGGCAGCAGCAAGGGCAACAGCCUCAAGAGGUCUAAGUCCAUCCGCCCCCCCCAGAGUCCACCCCAGAACUGCUCCAGGAGCAACUGCAAGAUCUCCUAGCAGGGCAGGCAGGCGCUGCCCAUCUGGACAUGCUCGGGGAGUGAGGUCUCAGGCUUGGGGAAGCUCCUUGCCGGGCGCUGGGACAGCACCAUGUGCAGGGAAGACUUUGGCCACACGACCCCUCCUGGGAGCGUGGGCACACCUAGUAGGCAGGUGGUCUCGGCCAGAAAAGCCCCAUAGGACAACAGAGGCUGUGCUUUGAAACAAGCCCAAGUCCCCAUAUGCUCUGCCUGGUCCCAACUCAAGGUUCUGCAGGCCUUGCUCACUUCUCUUAUUUAUAUAGAAGAUAUUUCACCACUUUUAUACCUUUUUAAAGGGCCAACAGGGAAGCCUUAAUGCAGCCAUGGGGUGAGCUCACGUUUGCUCAUGGGGAUGAGCUUGGGGACAUACGAGAUGGAGGGACUGGAGGCAAAGAUGGGAAGGAAUCCACCGUCACACACACUUCACGUGGGGUGUGGGCUAUGCAGGGGCCAGUGGGGACACAUGGAGCUUUGGGCAGCCAUCUUGGACCCCUGCGACCCGUGCUGGCCUUUCUGAGCGUGGUGGCUAGUGUGCCUGCCACAGUACUGGACAGUGGUGGGGGCGCGGGCUCAGCAGUCUGCACGGUGGGGCUGCAGCUUCCUGGGUGAUGUCCCUGUGUGUAGCGGAGCCACGGACUCCAAGCAGAGUGUCAGUGUUUCUGGGAGAAGUGGGGUGCACCCCACAUCCCUCCCUGUGUGGAGUCACUUUUACAUAUGUUGCUACUUGAGACAGACUCAGCUUCUCUGUGUGAAGAGAUGCAGAGCUGUCCGUAGGUGAUAAAUACUCGAGGGGCUGCCAGGCGCUCUGCAGGUUUGGACUGAAUCACAGCCCUCUUGCCGUCUGGUUGUCUGGGCCCUAGCCUUGCCAGCUUCUGUUCCCUGACCUUGGGUGUCACCCCAUAGCUGCUCCUCACCCAGGACUGCCCCUUUUUGAGGUUACAUGUCACCAGAACCAUUCUGACCCAGUUCUUAGGCCACCUGGAGCAGUCGCAGCAGUGGACCUCCUGACCCCGGCAGCCAGCCCUGAGCUGGAGGCCUGGCCACCUUCUGCCUGCCUGGCUUGUGACAUGGCUGCUGGUCACACUGGUGCUCAACUCUACCUCCUGCUGGACUCUCCCUGGGCCUGUGGCCCCCUCACUCUGGGACUCCUCUGCGGUGGGUGUGCCUUGGGGGAGCCCUACACGUGCUCUUCUGGGAGGAAAGUUGGGCAGGGGGCUGUGGCCCACGUGAACAGGAGUGCCUGGGGUCCCUGACCAAGGCCUGGCCACCAACAGGGUCAGGCAGAGGAGGCUCCGCCUGUCCUGUCCUGCCAACGGAGCCCCUUUCUUUGGACUUUGAACAGAUAACCUGGACUUUAUUUUGAGGGUGUGGACGUUCCUGCGUUCACCACAUAAACACUACCCUUUGCUGCUGACACUGGCACCAUUCCUGAGCUCAUUUUGGACAUUUUUUUUCCUUUGUACAGUAAAUGUAAUUCAGCUCUGACCUCCAGGCUACAUUUUAUGUGAAUUAAAGUCUCUGGUUUUAACCUGGCUGGUGGGUUGGAGG